AUUUUUACGGCUGAUUACGUUUAGCAAAACUCGCCGGAGUGGCGAUGAUAUUUCUUUCCCGGCAGGCCGGCGACGCGUUUUGCCCGUGGAGAAGAAGAGCAGUGAAAUCUACGACGACGGAAUCAGCGACAAAGUUGACGGCCACGGUUUAUAUCAGCUAAGCAAAUCAGUAAACCCUUGCACAAAUCUUGUGAAGUUGGAGGUGCUGCGAUCGAAUUCAUUUAAGAUGAAAUUUGUUAUGCGCUGUGUUUGAAUCCAUGGAUUUUACCCUCUGUUUGCUGGUUUAUGGGUCGAUAACACUUAGCUAGUUCGAGAUGAAAUUUGGCGAGUGCCUGUAAAUCGUUGUCGUAGGCAGGGUUGGUUCUGGUUUGCGCUCCAUUCGUAGUUGUAUUUCUCUACAUGCGGCUGAGGGAUCGUACGUGGCGUGUUCGAGUCCGUGGCGGUAUAAUAAUGGGGUUUUGGCUGUUUAUUUGUAGCUCAGGCCUCUGUUUUAGCGAAAUAGAACUUUAAUUGAUUUAUUUACAGUCGAGGCCUUUGUUUUAGCGAAAUAAGAACUGUAACUCGUUGUUAACCCCGCCGCUGGUUUUUUCAGCGCGCGUCAACGGAAAUGACGUUAAAUUUCCCUUGAGGCUGUGGAAUCCUCUGGCUUUCUUCUGGCAGGGUAUACAACGAGCAUAUUAAACGGCAAAAUGGCAGAAAACCACGUGAGUCGAUGUAACUUCAAACCUUCUAGCUACAACUUGCAAAUAAGUUAACAUCGGUGGGAGACCUGCGCGGACGGAUGGUAGAUUGGGGUGGAUUUUAAGUGCGCAGUCUUGCGGUGAUGCUGGCUAAUUUUGAAAAAAGAAGCUGUAAAUGCUAAAUUGACCGUGAAGUUUAAGGAGGAACAGAGUAGGCUUUACUAGGUUAAGGUGAUUAUUAACUUCUUUAUUGGACCAACGUAAUACACACCGAGAAGGAUCAAACUAUGGAAGAGUAGGGAAAGCACUCUGUUGUUUAGUGUAUGAGAUUGAAAUGGGGACUUGAUUUCUAGUCCAAUUUGACAGGCAAAUUGAAAUGGAUUGUGAAUCACAAUUGAAGGUGGGCCAAUAUGUAGAAAUAUGCAAGUGGGAGGGACAAUCAUCUUGUUCGUGGAUAGAAGCAAAGAUUUUAGAUAUUGAAUGGGCAAAUGGAAGGGCACAGUUCAAUAUUUCAUUCAUAGAUGAAAAUAGAAAAAGAAGGAACUUGAUCAUUGGUGGAGAUUACACCAAAAGCUCAGCAUUUGAUGAAAAUGGACCUUUGAUUCGACCAAGGCCACCAAGUAAGGUCUAUUGUAUUUCAGAAAAUGGUGAAAGCAUAGCCCAUCCUUUAUUCAAAGACAAUUGGCAAGCUGGGGAUGUGGUAGAAGUGCGUUAUGGAAAUUACUGGAGACCUGGAAGAGUAGUUGAGAUGUCGUGUACAAAAGAAAAAAUGAUAUACUUUUAUGAUAGCUCAAAUAUCAAGGUUGAUUCAACCAUGGAGAUCAGGGCACAAGUUACCUGGAUGGGCAAGAGUUGGUUUCUUGUCAAUGAUGAAACGCUUCAGGUGGGUGCUAAAGGCAGCUUCAAGAAUAAAUUUAAACCAUAUGUUGGUGAAGGUCUGUUGAGUCCCAAUAGGGUAAUUGUUACAGAAUUUGUUAGAGAGAUUUUCACCGAAUAUCCUUCAUUUGCAAGGACAAUCCAAAGAAAGUGUCUCGGUCGCAAUGGGAAAAUGUCUUUCCCUGUAAUGUUCAUGACUAAUUAUCUCUCAGGGUCACAAGGUACGGUGACAUUUGAGGAUAGUGACAGGCUUGGAUGGACAGUAGAGUGGUGUGCAUACAUGCAAUCUGGGCGUAGGCUUGUGUUCACCAAUGGAUGGGCCAAGUUUGCUUCUGAUCACAAUGCAAAAGAUGGGGAUGUCUUGCUUGUUGAAAUCUUGAACCCUAAUCGCUUUAAAGUUCAAAUUUUAUCAACAGAAAGUGGCAUGUGCAUUAAUGAGAAUGCCCUUAAGGAGAGGGCAAUUACUCAGGUAGCCUCUAGCAUAAAUGAUAUCUCAGAGAUGGGGGCUAAAGAUUUUUGGCCGAAUGCACCUUCACAAGUCUUUCAAAAGAGGUUUGGCAUUAGCGAUCAGGGAAUUACAAUGAGGGAGGGAAAGGCAAUUCAUUUCAGAAAUGGGAAUUAUGCAACUCCUCAACAAAUUAACGGGGAAGAAAGUAUAGGUGGUCAAAAAGCAGAUGUGGAUUGCUUACAAUACACAAUUGGGGAUUCUAAACAGGAACUCAAUAUGCAAGCUUGUUCCCUAUACUGUGAUACUUAUUCUGCGAUUAAAAUAGAUCAUGCCACUGUAGAGAAUAUGGUGGGGACAGAUUCCUUUGGCUUGACUUUGAAUAAAUGUUCAAAAAGUCAAGGGCAAAAUAGAAAUGGUCAAAUUGUUUCUAGCUUUGAAAGAAAGAAGCCCGCUAGGUCAAUAAUGAAUCUCACUACUGUUCAAUGUGAUGGUCAUAAUGUAUGCACCAAAUUUCAAGAGAAUUUUGACUCAAGUGAAACUUUAAUGGACAAACAACAAAUUGUUGCUGGAUCACAACAUAUUGGUUCUGCUAUGCUUUUGGAUAAGAGGGGGCUGUCAGGAUCUGAGAAAGCAGAUUUAGGAAUUAAUUUGGAAUCUUGUUUCUAUCAUACCCCUUCUAUAUCGUCAUUUCAUCAUGCUUUAGCUGGUGGGCGUCAGUAUGUUGCCUCUUUCUGCCAAUCAAGUGCAGAGAAGUGCUCAGAGUAUGUGUUUUGUGGAUUUCGAUUCUGCAUGCUUCAUAUUCUGGAAGAUCCAUCAGCUCCAUAUAAGCAGUGUGAUUUUAUUGUACCGAAUAGCAGGCAGAGAUGCAGAUUCCCUGUUUCCCUCUGUGUUGCAGAUACAAGAUUUUGUCAGAUUCAUAAGCAGAUGGUGAUUCCAAAUUUAAGGUUGGAGGUCAUCACUCAACAGGAGAAUCCUUUUUGUGGAAGAUUUUCAUUGUUAGUAUUAGCAGCCGCAGUUGCUCAUGAUCACUUGGAGUGCUUUGUUCCUCCAAAAAUGUGGGAACCUCAGAGAUUUAACUUAGUUGAUGAUAGUGUUGGAGCAUAUCUAGUGCCAGAUGUCAUACCGUUUCCUGCAUUAAAUACAUCCUUAGUAAAUGUGGUACAUAAACAAUUGCACCAGGCUUAUGAAGAUGGUCCAAGUGAUAUGCAGCCAGGAAAGGAUUAUCCUGAAAGAGAAAAAGCAGCGCAUUAUAGGUCAUGCACAGUUGACAAACUACAAUUGGAAGAUCAAAAAGGGGUAUCUGAAUCAAGCAAUACGCCAGCAUGUGUAAGAGAUGAGAGCAAUGGUUCUGGGACAGAUGUUACGAAAAAAAGAUGUCAACAUAGUCCUGAUGCUACUUCUUACAAAGAUAUCAACGGAAGACAUGUCAAGCAGCGUUGCACUGAGACAGUAGAGUUUGGUGUCCCAAGGCAGAUGACUGAUGUGAAGAGUACAGCAAGGGAUAUGAAAAUAAAAGGAACCUUUUUUGAGAAACAAAUGUUUGGAGAUACAUCAUGUCCAAAUGUUAGACCUGGGACUCCAAAAAACUUGUCAAAAGAGGGUAAAUGCCAGACCUAUGAAAAAAUUAAGAGUCUUCUAUGUCCUGGAUCUAGUGCUAAGAGAAAAUAUUUCUGGUUUCACAGGGCACCCUCUUUUGUGGAAACAGGACCAAUUGAUUUGAUAAGGGUAGGCUUAAUGUGGAAUCCUAUGAGAUUGUUGGAUUGCAGUGGAAAAGAUUCUUUAGCUAAGCAAUCUGACAACCCUCUUUUGAUGCCUAUUAUUGAUUUAGGCCAGUUGGACUUCACAACCAUGGGUUUGAAGUGCCCUGUCCGAGAGCCAAAAAGAAGUGCUGGAAUCUUGAAGAAGGACAAGGUGAGAUUGGACACGAAGGAAUUAAUGUCAGGGUUUCCUGGCCAUAGUGUAUCCUUUUCUCGGUUUGUUGGUGUAAGAAGACGACCUUGGGGAGCUUAUGGUGCUGAAAUAAGAACUCCUGAGGGAAAGAGACUUUGGUUGGGGACCUAUCCUACUGAAGAGGCAGCUGCUCGUGCAUAUGAUGAUGCAGCUCGCAGUUUGAGGGGUGAAAAAGCAGUGACUAAUUUUAAUCAUGGAUCUGAAUUAGAAUCUCCUUCAAGAUCCUUUAGAGAGCAGGCAAGUUUAUUUCGAGAGGCACCAAGAAAGAGAAGGUCAAUGAAUAGUAAAAGAAGAGAUGAAGACCAUUUCCUACCAGAUGAGAAGGCGGGAAAGAAGAUGUGGAAUCUCCCCCAAGGUAAGAGAAAACCCCCCUUCCCGUAUGGCAGUGACUUCCUGUCAAUCUAUGGAAAUAAUUUAUCACAUUACAUUGGUAUGAACGAUAAAAGCUCUUGUCAAGGUAGAACAGGUCCCAUUGCUGAAAUUGAAGGGCAGAAUUUCAUUUCUGAUGGACUUGAGACAGGUACAGCUUGGAAUGAGUAUUCUCAGAAACUUUCUGGUGAAAAAGGCUCAAAAUUCAGAGACAAAUUUUCAAGAGUGUACAGUAAGAAACAAAAAUUGAGGAAAACUGUUGACCUGAAUAAUUCCAGCCAUUGUGUUUCAUUUCCUGAAAGCACACUGGAUGGAGAAGAAAUUACAGAUUCAUUUCUUCAGAGGAGUUAUCAGAGGAAGAAUUCUAGACACAUUGCAGCAUCUGUAGCUGGACUUCAAGACAUUGACUGCCCUCCUGAGUAUUUGAAUGCUAAAGAUAAACAAAAUGAUAACGAGAUUGAAACAAGUUAUGUCAACUCUCAUAUGAUAGCAAGUGGUAUGGAUCUUGACGAGCACGAUAUAGAUGAAAUAAGGGAGGACAAAACAGUAACCAAUAGUGAAAAUAACUUUUCAUCUCAAGAACAAAGUCAAUAUGUCAGAAAGGUUGAGAAUGAACCACACUUCUAUGGUGUGAGAAAAACUUCUUCUGGUAGAUAUGAGGCAAGUCUUUAUGAUAGGACUACAAAGAAAAAGAUGUACAUUGGGAUGUAUGAUAGUUUAAUUGAGGCAGCUCAUGCAAGGGACCGGAAGGUAAUAGAAUUGGGUGCUGAUUCUGUUCUCAACUUUCCCGAACUUCAACAGCAAGAUGAUUUGAAAAAUGAUUGUAGCAUGCUUGGUUCUAUAUUGCACAAAAACCUCUCCAAGAUACAAUCUGUAGUGCAUCAACCUUCAGUUAAAGCAGAGAAACUUUCUAGGAUAGCCAUAGGGAAAAAUGUGAAGAAAAAGAAAGCAGCAAAUUUCCACAAGCUUCCUAAAGCAAAGAGAAGUAAAUUAACAGUGCAUCCUUCUGCUUUAAGGGACAAGGUCACAAGCCUGUAUGAACCACAGUUUUUUACUUCUGAGGAGCAACACUGCACUCUACUGCAGACUGAGGAAAGAGAGGUGGAAGACAUAAAAACUUGUUCUCUUGCCUCUGCCUCUGAUUUUUUGCAGAUUGAGAAAACUAGUCAUGAUAUAGAGAAUACUUAUGCAAUUGAGGGAAAGAAGGAAAGGAAACCUUUAUCAGAAUAUGUUGACAUUUCCUUUAGUGAAAUGAGUAAAAAUGAAGAUGGGCAAAAAACUUCUCAUUUUGAAGAUCAUUGUUCACGCUUGCCAAAGCGGGGGUUGAUUCCAGGAUUUCAUAGAGAUUACAAAAUUGAUUCAGAAUAUGCUCGUGUGUAUAGAACAACAUCUAAAUCAAGGGCUAUGCAAAUUAGGAGACGUCGUGACCAGGUCAAGCUUGUUAAUGAAAAUGGUAUACAGAAGGAAACUGUAGAAAGAUGUGAUUGUAAUGUUGCAAAAAAAGAUUUUGAAUCAUAUAAGAUUGAAUUAGAAGAUGCUAACAUCAACCUCCUAAAGAAAAAUGAAAACUCAGAAUUCCACUUGCCUUCAAAUACAGUGAUUGAUGAGGAUGGCCCUUCAUCACAUAACAAUGUCCAUACAUGUAGCUCAGGAAAAAAAGAAGAGGUAAAGGCUGAGGAUGACAUUUUUGAUGAUAAAACUUGGAAGAAUGGAAAUAUUGGUUUUGAUGUUGAACCUGAGGCCAAUUUAACGGAAGAAAAUACUCAUGUUCAUUGUCUGAAAGAAAAUGAGGGAACUUUCUCUGAACUGCUUCUCAACACUAAAGUGAAGAAACUUAGAUCAAGAAGAGGCUUGAAUUUGAAAGAUCUGCAAGAGACAUUUAGUGAUAAAAAAUUUCAGGAAAAAGCCUUCCCUCUUAUGCAAGAAAACUCAGAAGAAGGAACGAGUUGUCCUCAACAAUGUGGAAAAGUAGGAAGAUCCCGUAAAUUUCGUCAGUCAGGGGCUUCUAAGAGGUCAGGCUUCACAAGGCACAUUGAUUAUAAAGGUGUUUACAGUAAUGGAAAGAAAUUUCAAUCUAUAUAUUAUAAUCCUAUAUUGAAGAAACACACCUACUUGGGAACGUUUCUCACUGGAGAAGAUGCUGCUAGGGCAUAUGAUCAGAUAGCUUAUGAUCAAUUUGGGACAUCUGCAAAACUUAACUUUCCUCAUGAUGAACUAGAUCCAAAUGAAAGUCAAGCAGCAAAUCAGAAAGUUGGCAUGCAGGCUCAAUUGGAGCAGACAUUACGAUCUCAGAAAAAGUUGGCCACUGGAAGUAACCUUUAUGGUGAAUGUUGUUCCAAGCAAAAUCAAGUAGAAUCUAACAGAGAAGUGAGGAUUUUGGAAGAAGAUGAAGCCUCAGCAGGUGAUUCUGAUCAUGAAUAUCCACAGUCAACAAAAUACAACACUAGGUGUCUCUUGAAUACAAAAGGCACUCACGGAAAUGAAAGAUUUCCUGAUGCAUAUUUAUCUUCGGGGUUUCUUGUUGAGAUGUCAGACAGCAAAGUCUGUACCUCUCCAAGGAGGAUAAAUUUGCCACUUGAAAUUGAAGAUAAGUCGGUUUCUACUUCUGCAGAGCACCCAGACAUUGAUGAUGUAAAUGGUCUAGGUGCUCCAACUUCUAAUGCUUGGGGUGAGCUUUUGAAGGCCAGUGAAGUUUUAAGCUUUCCAGGAGAUAACUGAACCUUAUGUACCAUGGUGUUAGAAACUGCACAUACUUUAGUGAAUGUCACAUGUCAGAAAAAAAAUUAAUUCUUUUGUCUUUCAUUUGUACCCUGGACAUCUAUUAUUAUUAUCAAAUUUAGAGCACUAUUCGUUCAUAUCAUAGUUCAUCUAAAAAUGUAAUAGAGGUUAGAAAUAAAAUUCUGGCUAUAGAUUUAGUUUGA